AUGCCGAAGAAAUUUUUAUCCAAUCCCAGUGAAUCAGAACACAUGCUUGGUUAUGAGCAAGAUCUCAGAAAUUUUGUUUUACUUCUAGAAAGUGAGGCAAUACAAGAUGGAUACCUGAUGUUCAUUAACACAUCUAUUAAUUCAUCCAUAAAGAUGGGUGCAAAGCAUCAGCCUAGAUAUCUAAUGGAGCUUAUGGAGAAUUCCACCAGCUUCGAGGGUGUAUUAAAAUUUGAAAGUGAUCAAGUCUCUCCGAUUAUUUGCACAGAACCUCUUAAUUGCUGGAGUCUAUCCGUGGCAACACUAACAAGCAUCAUGAUUGCCCUUCCCAACGUUCAAAAUAAGAAGAGGAAUCAGUUGCUAAAAAGCAUCGUUGAAGGUUUUAAAUAUGUGUGCCUUAUAGAGAAAAAUCAGGAUGUUCAUAAAAAUUUGGUAAGCAGCACGACUGCUGCAGAUUUUGCAUAUGGGUUGUAG